ACUAGUGUCUCGCAUGUAUGAACAUGUUCAUGAUACUUGGACAUUGGAUGUACGCGCGUGGAGGGUCAAACGAGGAAGGAAUACGUUGUGUGUUUUAUCUGCCGGUUGGCCUCAAACAUGUUGAAUGUUUUCCACAUUUCAUGAAAAUGUCCAAUAGUCACCUAUCAAAAGUUUAACAGUUUAUUAGCCUAAGGAUAGAGCACUUGGUGGAGUAAAAUUUCAGGGAACUGUCAGUGCAUUUCCUGCAAAUUUUCCUCUGUUUUCGACAUCCGACCGGCGUCUACAAAGCGUUCGUCAUGAGCAUCGAGAUACCGUCUGGGUUGACGGACUUGCUGCAGGAUUUCACCGUAGCGGUCCUGCGUGAACGACCCGAGGAUUUGGUGGAAUUUGCGGCGUCGCAUUUCGGCAAAUUGAACGAAAGUGGCAACAAGGGAAAGAGGGGAGUGAAAUUCUCGGAGCCUGCGGAUGCAGACUCAGAUAUCGAUGAUGAGCCACCAGAGCUUCCAAGAAACAGAUUUUCCAGAAGGAAGUCAGUAUGUGCUGAAAAGUACGACCCAGAAGCUGAUGAAGAAGGGGAGAAUGAGUCAAAGAUUGUCUUUCCCAAGUCUGACGAACAGAGAGCGCGGCUAGCAGCAUCUGUGAAAAACAUCCUCUUAUUUAGGGCGUUAGAAAAGGAGCAAAUGCAACAAGUGUUAGACGCUAUGUUUGAAAAACGGACACAACCGGGCGAUCAUAUUAUUGAUCAGGACGAUGAUGGAGAUAACUUCUACGUCAUUGACAGUGGAAUGUACGACAUCUUCGUUAACGGCAACAAAGUAGGCGCUUACAACAACACGGGUAGCUUUGGAGAGCUGGCUUUGAUGUACAACACACCCAGAGCAGCGACGAUCGUUGCCACGACACCGGGAUCGCUAUGGGCACUGGAUCGAUUGUCAUUCCGGAGGAUAGUGCUGAAGAAUGCUGCUAAGAAACGUAAGAUGUACGAGACGCUACUUGAGAGUGUCUCCAUGCUGAAAUCCUUAGAGCCCUAUGAGAGAAUGAAUCUUGCCGAUGCUUUAGUAACCAAAAAAUUUGCAGAUGGUGAAUGUAUAAUUGCACAGGGUGAUGACGCUGAUGGGUGCUAUUUCAUUGAAGAUGGCAGCGUACGGAUCACAAUGAAAAAUAAGAAUGCUGAUGACCCCACCAAAGAAAAAGAGAUUGCUACAUACAGCAAGGGCCAGUACUUUGGAGAGCUAGCUUUGAUCACAAACAACCCACGUGCUGCCUCAGUUUACUCUUGUGGCUCCGUCAGAUGUGCCUUCCUAGAUGUGAAUGCAUUCGAGAGGUUGCUAGGUCCCUGUAUGGACAUCAUGAAGAGGAACAUCGGACACUACGAGGAGGAAGUAGAAAGAAUGUUCGGCAAAGGACCCAAAUGAUGACGCUAUUCUUUCCCCCUCCCCACCCCCUUCUCUCAUAGAACAACUCCCCCCCCCCCUUCAAACACCUCCUCACAACACACCAACUGACCAACUGCCUACACAGGGAUUAAAUGACACACUACAUGCCCGAAGGUUAUAACUGAAGCUACCACAAGCAACGGACAGCGAACCAAAAUGGACUCAUCACUACAUCUGGGUCUCAACUUCAACGGAGCUGCUUAAGGGAGCAGCAAGAUAUUGCUUAGAAACAUUCUGCUAAGCAAAAAUUAAGCAGGGUUGCCAGCCGCUAAGCGUAUUUGGAAUUCCUUUUUUGGCUGGUAAACUUACUCUGUAUAUCUGUUUUUAUGCUUAGCUGCUACUUGUUGUGCUCAAUCAACUCUACGAAAUUGGGCCCAGAUAGUUUGGUAGACAAUUUGCUUAGCGGCCUUAGGGCUUAACCUUCGGGAGUACAUGUGUUAGGGGAAGGUACAGCAUUUAUAAAUCAAGAGCUGAAUGGGAAGAAACUCAGGGGACUGUCGUGUAACUUCCCUUAAGAAUAUUGAUAACCAGGACCAAUAGACCCUUCCCAUGAAAUAUGUAAAUUGCACAUAGCGCGUGCGCACUAACAUUUUGUUUGGCAAAAAUAAGGAAACAAUGUGCUGUUUUGUAUAUGGCUAAUGGCUGCGUGACGCAGACGCGUUUGCGCGUCUGCAUAGUGCACAACUUUAUGACGUUUGCCACCCCAAAGGGUCUGUACGCAUGCUUGAAUGUAGUUAGCAUAUUUCAUGGGAAGGGUCCAUUCCAUUUGUGUAAUUUGACAAAAAGAAAAAGAAGCGGGAACAAGUUAACAACAACUUCAAAUAGCGCCUUAGCCAUGUUAGUGCAAUAAGAUUGUAUUGGUGUAUUGAUAUAGACAGUGGAAGGGACUGUGCAAGUCUAAUGCGUAUCCAAACAUUAAGUUAAAGCCAGACUUGUGGAUCUCAUGGCACUUUCUUGGCUGGGCCACAAAAACAAUUUCUAAGUUCACUUUAUAUUUAAUUUUACAAACUAUUGACGAUUUUACUUUAAUGUGAUGCUUAUUCCACUCAGCAUUUUAGAGAUGAAAUUUUAAAACCAUAAAUAGUUUGCCUCAGUACAGACAUGACUGCCUGUAACUUAAAUAAAUUAUUUUAAAAAGUUACGUUGUUUAUUUGCAGAGUGCUGCUUUACGUGUUUGUUUUGCGUUAAUUCAAGGCAUCUUUUCCAAGUUAUGAUGAGGACCCAAUUUCAUGAAGCUGUUUCAAGCAGAAAGAUCUGCUGAUUAAAUUUCUUUGCUAAGCAAUAAUGAGUAGGGUGCCAGUCGUAGCCAGGGUGACUGUAUAGUAUUCUGACUGGGAACCUAUUUUUGCUUUAUCAAAUUGGGCCCUGUGUAAAAAUUGACCAAAGUCGUAUCCGAAAUUGGCGGCUACGGCUUACAGCUAUGGUUAGAUUUCCAGUUCAUUCUGUGUUGGAGUGCUGUACAGCAACACUCUUAUCAGUGAGUUUAAGCUGUUGCCGCAAAUUUGAAUAUUAGUUCAUCUGAGGUUCAAAUGUUAGUCAUUUUUAUUUAUUUACUAAUUGACAAGAUGUGGAUGACUCAGGCCUACUGAUUAGCUGUAAGAAAACAAAAACUAGUCCUCUCAAUGUUUUUCCUUCUUACAUCCUGAACGAUAUACAGUCUCAUACCAAAACUUGUUCGAAGGACUAGGUCUUCUCUACUGAUACUGUUGCUAUGGUAUCGUUAAUAUGCCACAUUAAUUUAUUAUGACUUAAUCUUGUUUUCUCUGAUCACUUUUGUUUUUAUUCACACAUAUUAAGCACACCCUACUUUUGCUGUAUAAGUAUUUUGAUUUUUUUUCUGAACAUAUAUGAUGUGAAGUUGGCAAUAUUUAUUAUAAUUUGAAUCUUUCUUUUUUAUUAAAAGAAACAAAAGUAUAUCUGAUUUUUGUUGUUGAUUUCAUUUUAUAAAAGAUUAAAUGUUUUUUGAUAUGUGCUGCUGGCCAGAUGUUAUGUGGUGACAAACUUGUUCAAGAUCUCACAAAAUAAUUAGCAGAGAACUAAAGUAGUUGGGUGCACUGAAGCGAACAUGCAGAUAUUUGUUUAAAUCAAAAAUUUAUCUUCCUCUGGUAGUUAAGCAAAAAUUGCUUCCCUGUGGGGUAAAAUGUUUACAAGGACAUUUUGUUUGAAAACAUAAGAAGGUGGCAAAAUUGGUUGCUAUGGUUAUGGCUAGAUUUCUGCGUCAUGCGUUGAAGUAUGGUACUCGUGGUGAUAAGAACAAAUUGGUGGAACAAAUUAGAUAAAACACGGUAAGAACACGGCUAAAAAAGUACAUAAAUAAAUAAAAGUAGAAAACAUGAAAUUAAAAAUUAUUCAGUAUUCUGAAACGUAUUUGGAUUGGUCUGGGAAAUGGUUUUACAAGCAUUUUGUAUGAAGGGUGUUUGUUCAGAGGGGAACCAUUAUGUUGUUAAUAAUUCGUUCACAACCCAGCAGCCCGUUGUAUAACAACUGCCACAGCGGGCAAGAGAUUUGAUUUUAAAAAUCUUAAUGUUUGCCUCAACAAGUUAGAGGAGUUUACAGUUUUUUUUGUGCAUUUUUCAAAUAUUUGUUGUUUGUUUGUUAUUUUUUCAUGUUUAUAACUUUGGGCCUUUAUUGGAAGCGUUCUUUUAAUGAGUUUAACAGUUGGUGUUCAUUGUAGUUGAGUGAUUCCAGAGGGUGCUUUUUAACCUUUUAAAAAUUAAUUGUAUGUAGAAGUCACAACUUGAGGAUUCAGACAUAAUCUUGGUAUCUUGAUAACUUUUGGAGGUAUGUUUUCAUUUACAAAAUAGAUUUCUGUAAUUUUCUCCUCUCAAUUUUCUCUCCAGACACAUUUCAUCUUGAAUCUUGUCAUAAUCAUCUUCCUUUGUUAAUUUCUGAGAGCUGCUUAAGCACAACAAAUAUGCUAAGCACAACAAAAUUAUGCUUACAUGUAACAUUUGUGAAUGGUGUACUAUGUCACUUAUAACAGUUGUGAUUGGUGUCCUGCUCAUUUCUGCAAAGCAGGAAACUCUCAAGCAAUAUUUUCUGCUUGAGCAGCUCUAUAAAAUUGGGCCCAGUACUGUGCAGAAACCUAGUACUGUGCAGAAACCUGUAGUGUACACAGGUGCAUCAGUAUUAAAGUGUUAACAAAAUGAAUUCUUUACAAAUAUUAAGGAGAAAUAUCAAAUCUUUCACUAAAUCGGUUGGUACUUACUUAACAGCAAAAUACACAACAAAUCAAGUGUCGCACUGCUGGAAUAAUUACUAUAAAUCAGAUACCUGUUAAGCAGAAAAUGUACCACUUAGCAAGUUUGCCAAGUCUAUACAAGUAAAUACCAGGUAGAAAACAGGACGUGGGAGAAAUGACACUGGAACUAUUCUGAAACAUAUUCCAGAAAGUUUUUCUGAUUAGAGAAGUAGACUAUGUCGUUUCUGAAAUACACAUCGCUGGUUGAGCAGCGAAAGAAAAAACAAACAUUCCAUUUUACAUUUUACUGCAUUUAUUAUACUUUAUAUUAAAAACUAUAUAAACAAAUAAGUAAAAAAAAACAUUUGUGGAUAGAUGUUUAGUAUUUGAUGAGAAUUAUUGGUAAAUCUAGGUGGUGAUGAGCUUUCAUUUAUAGAGGAUUUGUUGAAAAUAAGCUAAGUCAUUCUAUUUACAGUGAGUCUAUAAGUUUCUGUUGCUCAAAGCUGUUGCUACUUCCUUAUUUACAUGUUUGCGAACAUCUGAGAUCAAAGUCAGGUUUGUUUCCAUCGGGGCCAGAUUCAUGGCUCUGCUUAUUCGAUGAAUUCUGCGCUUACGAUCAUCAAUUUUCGCUUACAGGUCAAGCGCUAAAUUUCUGCUUAAGCUGUGUAAGAGAAGAAUGCCUAGAAAAGUAGAGAAUGCAUUGGCACAUGCACAAAUUCUCUGCUAACCUGUGAAAUAAGGGCAGAAUUCCCUGCUUUUGUUAACAAGCAGAGCCAUGCAGGGCCCAGUUUCAUAAAGCUUAGCAAAUGUCCAGACUGAGCAAGAAGUGGUGUUCUGGCUGGUUACUUACUUUUUCUUAGCACACGUUUUUGGUGCUAAGUAAGUUUGUAUGCUUACAGGCUUGAUGAAAUUGAGCCAAGAUGGAUUCUCUGUGCUGUAACAGGAAACACACUCAAAAAGAUACCUGUGUUUGGUUUAAAAACAAAAAGACAAAAUUUCAGAAAUUUGUUUUGAGAAGUUGCUAUCAAAUGCCUCAUGAGUAUGUGUGGUAUUCUUAUCAUUGCAUUCAUUGCUCGUCGGUUUUUACCUAACAGCUACUAGCCAUUACUGAACACCGCCGGCUAAUCACACUGUACAGAAUUUGAUGUUUCUUUGUUAAUCGUUAUUGUUCAAGAGAUUUUUUAAUCCACAAACUUUAGAGUUAGUGUUGAAUUUUGAAAAAAGUGUUUCAAAACCGCUGUUUCUGAUUUUUACAGACGGUGUUUGUGUUGAAUCUUCCACUGCCCUACAAAUGUGCGGCUAUUUUUGGGGUUUUAAUGAUAAAGGCAGAAAUGAAAGGAAUUUGUCAUUAUUAUUAUUUUUAUUUUUUCAGAUAGAAAUAUUUAUCCACCUGGCUAUUUUUAUUUUUUAAUUGUACACUGGUUUUAGUUGAAAAACAAAUGUGCUCAAAAUUGUGAAACUUUCUUUGGGGGUCAAAUUUCUGACUCUUAGAAAAAUACACUUGAAUGUAAAAUGUAAGUGACGCAUCUUGUAGUUUUGACAGAAAAACGGGUCCCCUCUCUUCAACUGUUAAUUUAUUUCUGACCUGUUGUGAUUCACAAGGGCACCAGUCUAUGAAGGUGCUAGCCUCCUGUCGAGUCAUAUUUACACUUUAAAAAACAAAAAGACAGUUGAUGCGAAAAUAUAAAUGGUGAUCGCUUAGAUGCACUCUCCACUGACUUCAUUUAAUUAAAAAAAAAAGACCUAAGAAAUAAUUUAAGUAUGCCCUCAACGCCAUAAAAACACUAGCCUUAUGUAUAUAUUAUUUGUUUUUUAGAAGCCAGGUUGGUGAAAGCUUAAAUCAGUAGAAUGUUAUUUUAUUAUGUACAUUUUGAGCCACAUCAGAGUUGGAGUCGUACAUAGCAUUUAUUAUGUUUAAAGAGGCAUGUUCAUUUUGCGGUAUACAAAUUUGCCGAUGUUUGUUUAGAAAAUUAUAUAUUUAAAUGUUAUCUUAAAUAUUGUGGAUAAAAAAAAAAGUGAUUGUGAAUAAACCAGUUUAUCAAUUUAAAAA